AAGCAAGGGAUAAAAAAGUUUUCUCCCGUGUUGAAUAAUCUCCAUUUAGAUGAACUCAUUUUAUGAUUGAUGAAAAAUUUAGAACACAUUGAGAUUUGGCCUGCAUCAUCCCAUCCAUACGUUGCAAAAGGAGAAAAAAAUAAAAUAGAUGGGUCAAUGAAUCCAUGCAAGUGGAGAGAGGCAUUCAUAGAAACUUUAAGAUAUCCAAACAGCAGUAAAGCCAAAGACUAAAGAGGGAGAGGGAACACCCAUGCAUUUGAUUUGUGUUUGCUCUGCAUAUUUUCUCAAAUCUCUAACUCGAAGCAGGGCGGAACACACUCCUAUUUAAUCCUCAUUAGCCCCAAAUUUGAACAGAUCGAGAAAUCCAUUCCUAUUUCAUAGUGCUUUUAAUGCUUUUAAUUUGUGAUUUUAAUGACUGAUUUCGAUCAUGCCAUUACUUUUUAGUCUUAACUUCCAAUCUCUCUUUUGAUUUCAUGGAUGCAGUAUCAGAUAACAGUAAGAGGCGCUUAAAUCAUUCAUUUAAUUUCAAUUUCAAUGUGGCACGAUUCAUUUCUAAUUUGAGAGCCCGCUAUGUUGAUGCCCGUUCAUGACCUGUAGUUUUUCCCUUGGUUAUCCAGCACCAACACAAGCCUCGGCUUUUCUUCUCUUGGUGUGACACAGCAGAUCCAAUCAGAAUACUAACGCUCUGCAUUAAUAUAUUAACACCCAUCUCGUCUUUUGGCCAUUUUUUAAUGUUAACAACCAUCUCUUCUAUUGGGCAUUUUUUGUGACUCUAAAUACCAUUCCGGCCUUCAGCAAAACCAAAUCAAGCUUUGUGGAAUCUUAAACUGAUUUUCUGGAUUGCCAUGCUCGUUGUUUUCAGCGAAUUUGUUAUUAAAAAACUGUAGAACCAAUAAGUAAAUCACUACGCUCUGUUGGAGUCAGCUGCUAGUGCAGUGGUGGCCCUGCACCCUUUUCCUCUACAGAUCCAUCAGCAGCAGCAGGUGGGCACAUGGGCCGAGGUAGAGGGAAGGGCAAGAAACUAACAGCGGUUUCAAAACAUGAGGAGCCAGGAAGUGGAGGGGAGGAUUCUAUUCCUCCUAGUGCUUACAGGAGAAGAGGGCGCCCUCUUGUACAGAAGGGGGCUAAAGACGAGGUAGAUGCCGAUGAAGAGGAUAUCGAAAAUAUGAUUGAUGAAGAAGAGGAGGAUGUAAAACCAGCAAAGGAAAUCAAAGCGACUGAGAAUGGGAAGAAGAGGAAAAGGCAUGUUUCACAAAGCACAGAUAGUCAUAGCAUGGAUUUGGGUGGUGAUAAAAAUGGGACAUCAGCCAGAUCUGCAAUGGACGAACCCACAAAGCCAAAUGCCUUGGCAAGGAAUGGAAGCAGGCGCAAAAGCAAGCCCAGGCGAGCAGCAGAAGCUGGCGUAGAAUGAGUUGGAGGAAAACCCAUCCGCAUGUCUCUCACUUGUUUGGGACAACUUUUGACCCUUGGCAAGAAGGCGUCGUAAUCAGUUCUUUUUAUUUUGUAACUUAGAUUUCAGUUACUUUGUUGAUUGGAUGAAUGAAUGAUAAAUGUUCCACUCCAUCCAGUACGGUUUUCAAGGCCAAAUAGGUAUGGAAUGAGAUCAAUUGCUCAUUGUUGGAUCAGUUCAAAUUUUUGUUCCCAAUGAUAUAUUUUUAUAAUGAUGAUUUUGUGAUAUAGAAUCCUUGAUUUCUUUUUGA